AACAACAUGAACAAAAAACGUCAUUUUUUUCAAGAUCUUUGAUUUGAUCUUCAUCAUCAUCUAUGUGUGUGUGUGUUCGAAUGUUACAAUUAUUUGUCAAACAUAAUCUCAUCCAUGGUUUAUUUACACACACACACACGAUAUUUAGAUGAUAAGAACGUUCAUUGACAUUUUUUUCAUCAUGAUGAUUGUGAUUGAUAAUUUUGAACGUUGUAGCCGUUCUAUUUUUUUUUGUUUGUUUGAUUGACCAAAAUUAUUUGUUUACCUAUGAAGAUCGAGUGUGUAUUUUUGUGUUUAUGAUGUGAUAACAUGACCAUAGUAACCAAUGAAUGAAUAAAAAAAAUUGAUGGCUGUAUAUGAUCAUCAUCACCAUUGCCAUCGCCUUUUUUAUCCACUCCAGAAAUGGAAUUGCAGCUUCCUAUUAUUGUUGCUUUUGUUAACGGAAUUUGAUUUGAAAAAAAUUAUAACAAUGUGUGUGUGUCAGUGAUAUAAAAUUUUUUUUUUUUUUUGUAUCAACAGAUCAUCCUUUUCAAAUCUCAUUGCAAUAAAUGUGUCUGUAUCAUGAAAUCAUCCUUAUCAAUGAAAAUAAUGUCAUUAUAUAAGGAUAAUGUUUAUAAUUAUCAUCGCGAUGAUGGCCAUGAUCAUCGAAUUAUAAUUCCAUCAUUAUCAUCAUCAUUAGAUAAUAAUCAUAAAAAUUCAUCAAUAACCACAGACGAAAUGAAUUGCAGACAUCAAUCUACGAUAUGGUCUCAAUAUUUGACCUUAUUAAUCGAUUCAUUUAUGAAUCGACAUCCACUAUCAUAUAAACGGACUAAACAUUGUCAUCGAUCAAUGAUAGUGGAUAAUUUUUGUAGACAAUCAUUACAUUUAUCCAUAAUUUUUGCUACGAUAAUCAUUUGUUUGUUAUCAACGUUUGUUCGAGUGUCGUACAUUACCGAUGCUGCAAGAACCAGUGAAGAAUGUCGAUUUCCUGAACAUUGGUGGGGUAGUUGGUUCCAGAAAGGUGUCUCUGGAACGAUAACAAUAACAAUGAAUAACAUUUCACAUAAAGGUUUUUGUCGAAAAAAUCAUGGUGAUAAAUAUAUUAUCGAAAAUAAAACUGAUCGAUGUGUUCGAUGUUUGGUUAUUAGCGAAAGACAUGCCAAUAUUUUACAAUAUAAAGAAACGAGUUAUUGUUAUCCAUUAUCGGAAUAUUCAAAUGAAAUUUGUUUCGAAAUUAACGGUGAUGCUCCAUUGUAUUCAUUGUUCCGAGUAAAUACAUCUCCCAUCAAGUGUCCUUUCAGUGGUCCAUUCACGUUUUCCUAUUCGAAAGGUAUUAUGAAUGAAUGUCGAGAUCCACCAUCAACAAUUGAUGAAUGUACUGAUGACCGACAUUUGUUGUUCAAAUUUCGAGCUUGUAUCGACGUUAAAGGCUCUGAAAGUAAAGUGGAAGAACUUGAAUGUUUGGCCGAUUGGAAAGAAGGAUCAUAUCGAUAUCUGGUAGGAAAACUAUAUCAUCAACUUGCCACAACCGAUGAAGAUCGUUUUCGAUGUUUCGUAUUUGAACGUAACAAUUCUGAUUAUGUUGAAAGCUACAAUAUUGGCCAAUCUGGUGAUGCUAGCUGUGAAGGCCUAUUCUCACCACGUGAUGGUUCCCGUACAUUUAAAUUGCGUAAAUCUAAUUCCAUUCAAUCUAGUUGUGAAUUUCCUCCUUGGAUUACUGAAGUGAAACUUUGGACUACUUUGGAUAAUCGUCAUGUCCACGAUUUUACUGCCUUAAAUCAAUUUACUGUCGUUGACAUGAAACAAACGGUGUUUCAGCUAGCCAAAUGCAUUCGAGCUGAUGAUGUUUCAUUUCAAUAUCGCUUUAAUACUAGCCGAUUUAUCAUACAUACAACAGUGCAAUGUUCAAGUGGUUAUGCAUGUAUGAAUGCCUAUCAACGAGAAGAUCGUAUUACCGAAUUACAAAUUGGAAACAUUGUUUCUGAUAUAAAUGAAGCUUGUUCGCCAAAUAAUUUUAAUCUUCGUCCAACGAAUUUCAUUACAUUGACAACCAUGGAUCAGGAAACUCGUCCUUGUGAACUAAGUGGAAUCUUUUCAAUUCGUACACGAAUGCCAUACAGUUAUAAUCAAAAAGUUAUGGCCAAUUAUAGCCGACUAGUAUCGUUACUAGAUUCACGAUUCAUGUGCCAAGAAAAGGCUUUAAAAUUACGUUCAAAUUGUGAAGAACCGGAAUUGUUUCAAUUUAUCUGUACUACAGAUAAUCGAGUUAAAAAUUUUUAUUGCCGCGGUGGUUGGAAAGAGAAUAAUACCCAAUACUUUCUUGUAUCAUUGAUUGAUAAAUUCAAUUAUGAAUAUUGUAUAUCUUACAAUAUCGAUAAUCAAGAAAUUCGUUUAAUUCGUAAUAGUCAUUUUUGCUAUCGCAAUGAUCAAAUCUUCCAAAACUAUGACAAUACACAAAAUCCUUCAAGAUCAUUCCGUCCAUCGGUGGUCAUCGGUGAUCAAUAUCCAACCAACAAAUAUGCCUCAACCAAAUAUGAUGAUAGCAUUUCUUUCACUCUGAUCAAUGAAGGUUCCUGUCAGCGUUCGAGUUCGGUUUCAAUCAUCAAACAUAGCUGUCAAAAACAAUUUAUUUUAUCAUGGUUAUUCAUUACCAUUGUGGUCAGCUUUCGUUUAAAAUUAUGAUAACGAUGCUCAAACAAUCAAUCAUUCAAUCUGUCUUUGUCUUUCCAAUUCAAUUCAAAUUUUUCAUCGAAUCAUUGAUUCAAUGGAAUGCUUGGCCAAAUUCAUGCUGGACCAAAUAAUUGUUUUUUUUUUAUUUCAUCGUAUCAAUUCCUGUGGUUGUGAUAUUUUACUAAGACAAAUGUAUUUGUAUAUCUGGUUGCUGCCUAUUUUUUUUUGUCUAUGGAUAUGCCAUAAAUUCAUUCAUAGCCGAUAUAUAUAAAUAUGAAAUCUCAUCAAUUGUAGCGAGCAAAAAAAACAAAAAUCAAUAUGAGAUUUUUUUUACCUUUUUUUUCUAUUAGAAACAUUUUUGUAAAUAUUAUUUUUGCAAUUUUAUCUUUUGUAGAUAAUCAGCCUAAAUUUUUAUAGAAUUUAUCUUUAUCACACACAUACACAUAUUUACGUAAAUCGCCUCUGCCGGCAAUUCACUAGUCCAAUUUUUGUAUUUUUUUAUGUAUCCAUAUAGUAAACAUUGCGAAUGUGUGUGUGUGUGUGUGUGUGUGUGAUGGUAUUUAUAUCAAGAUCAAGAUCAAUCGAUUUAAAUAAUGUGUGAUUCGAAUGCUUUUAAAAGUAUUCUCUGUAUAUCAUCAUCAGAUCAUCAUGUAUGUUUUGUAAAUUUUUUUCAAUAACAUCAGGCCAUACAUCAAACUACAUAGGCCUUGUUUUUCAUGAUAAAUAAACAAAAAAAAAAAAUAAAUAAAUCAUUUUUUAAAAGGA